UGCAGCAUCAUCAUCAUCAUCACCACCAUCAUCCGUGGCUCCCCGCAGAGGACAGUGGGUGCUUGCAGGACGCUGAGCCGGCGGAGGGAGGGGUCCUGGCCUGGGCACGGAUCCCAAAGAGGCCCCGGGGCCGCCGCUGGAUGGAGUCGGGUUGCGUUCAGACCGCAAUGGCUAUGGGUCUGACAUCGAAGAAGGCGUCUGCUCGCAGUGUCGGCGUGGAGAGAAAAAACCUCAUCACGGUCUGCAGAUUCUCUGUAAAGACUCUCCUAGAAAAGUACACAGCAGAGCCCAUAGAUGACUCAUCUGAGGAGUUUAUUAACUUCGCUGCCAUUUUAGAGCACAUCCUCAGCCACCGCUUCAAAGGUAACACAACAGGUUCAGGAAGCUGGUUCAGCUCAGACGGACAGCGCAGUUUCUGGGAAUAUAUCCGGCUGGCAUGCAGCAAGGUGCAGAAUAACUGCAUCGCCAGCAUAGAAAACAUAGAGAACAUCAGCACAUCACGAGCCAAGGGCCGGGCAUGGAUUCGAGUGGCGCUGAUGGAGAAACGUCUGUCUGAAUAUGUGUCCACUGCCCUGAGGGACACCAGAACGACCAGACGGUUUUAUGAUGAUGGAGCCAUUAUGCUGAGAGAGGAGGCCACAGUCCUGACCGGCAUGCUGAUCGGACUGAGCGCCAUUGAUUUCAGCUUUUGCUUGAAGGGGGAGACUCUGGAUGGGAAAUCCCCGGCUGUGAUUGACUACACACCCUACCUGAAGUUCACCCAGAGCUACGACUACCUGAGUGAUGAGGAUGACCGGCGCAGCGUGGACAGCAGUAACAGUGAGGAGAGCGUCCCUGAGCAUCCCUACAUCCCCCUGGUGACCGACGAGGAGAGCUGGAGCAACAAGUGUCGCAAGAUGGAGCAGAGGUUUAAGAUCGUCUACGCCCAGAAGGGUUACCUGGAGGAGCUGGUCCGCCUGCGUGAGUCACAGCUGAAGAACGUGGAGACGGAGAACAAGCGUCUGAGAGCCAAGGUGGAGGAGCUGACGGCCCAGAGUCAACAGGAGAAGAAGGAGCUGGAGGCCAUCGUGCUGGAGCUGCAAGCACAACUCUCUUCCCUCAUGCCAUGCGAUUCGUCUCAUCUGGCUAAAGAUCUUUCCAUCCCGCUUGUCAACCAGUGGUCGACCAUCACAAACAACCAAGGCGAUGUCAAGCUUUUCCGCAGGAGGAGUUUUCACAGUUUCGAGCAACUUUCUGCUGAAGUCAGUCUGAACUCAGACUCCCAGAAGACUGAUGGGAGACAGAACGGAGAUGCUGCUUGGACUUCAGGAGGGAAAGACAACACCCCUUCCAUGCUGGGUCUUUGUGGCUCUCUGGCUUCUUUACCGAGCUCCAAGUCCUUGGCUAGUCUCAAGUCCAGCGAGUGUUUGGUCAACAUCAGCACUGAACCCAGCCCUGCUCUCUCUCCCAGCUAGGAGCCCCAGACUAACAACAACUGAGAUUUAACCCCCCAGCCUGUCUGCCUGGUGAUGCUGCGUUGACCGUGUCCAAACCCUGAUCCCACCAACAUCAACAGAUCUGUGAAAAUACGGCGGGAAAGUCACGACUCCCAUCUCUGGAUUUUUGUACAUGUGAGAGUGAAGCCAUUACGAAGCUGGAAGGGUCCAUGCCUUCUCCUCACCUUACCCCCCCUGCUCGACUCUUCAAUCACACUCUCCCCACCUCCAUUUUGUACUAUCUGUGAAUCCCCUCGUUCCAAAAGAUCA